AAAAAUCAUCGUCUUCUCUUGAAUUUCUUCGUUAAAAAAUUGAAAUAAUUCGAGUUUGUAAAGUUUUUAUUAUAAGAAUUAAAAGAAUUAAUAUUUUAACAAAGUAUUCAUUAUUUAAUGAUGUAAUUUUAUUAUGGCUGCUUCACGAAAACUACAGGGUAAGUGAAAUUAAUCUACUAUGGUGAGGACUAAAAAACAAUCGGGCGAAAUCGAACGGUGCUUGAAAAAAGUUACCGAAGGAGUCGAAACGUUCGAAGAUAUCUGGCAAAAAGUUCACAAUGCCGCAAACGCUAAUCAAAAAGAGAAAUAUGAAGGCGAUCUUAAGAAAGAAAUUAAAAAAUUGCAAAGGCUACGCGACCAAAUCAAAAGCUGGAUCGCGUCCGCCGAGAUUAAAGAUAAAAGUAACCUGCUGGAGUAUCGAAAGUUGAUCGAGACGCAAAUGGAAAGAUUCAAAGUGGUUGAAAGGGAAACGAAGACGAAAGCUUACUCCAAAGAGGGUUUGGGAGCUGCUCAAAAACUAGAUCCAGCACAAAAAGAAAAAGAAGAGAUUAGUUCGUGGUUGAUACAGGCUAUCGAUGCUUUAAAUUUACAAGUAGACCAGUUCGAAUCGGAAAUAGAAUCUUUAGUAGCCGGUGGUAAAAAGAAAAGGGUAGAUAAAGAUAAACAAGAUAGAGUAGACGAUUUAAAAUCCAAGGUCGAGAAACAUCGAUUUCAUAUCAAAAAACUAGAAACUAUUUUAAGAAUGUUAGAUAACAUGUCAGUCGAAGUAAACCAGGUGAAAAAGAUCAAAGACGAUAUAGAGUAUUACAUCGAAUCAUCUCAAGAUGCCGAUUUCCAAGAAAACGAAUUCUUAUACGACGACAUCGAAGGCAUAGACGAAGUAGAAUUAACGCGAAUCGGUGUCGCUGGCUCGGCCAACACAGACAGUAACGGUACGCCGACUAGUUUGACCUCAUCUCCGGCUCAUACGUCGCCUUUACUACAAGCAGCAGCAGUUGUGGCUCAGCCUGCACUACCACCACAGCAACCUCUACCGCAACCAACGCCGCUACAACCUCAGCAGACGAGUCAUGCCGAUACUACUACGACGACUAUAGUAUUAUCAACGGAAGAGAAAAAGAAAGAAAAACUAUCUCAGAGUACUCCAGUCACUACGAGUAGUAACGUGAAUGUUUCCUCAACUAUGGUUGUAAAACCAACUCCUGUUCGUGCCAGCAGCGUUGGCAACGUAGGAGGUGGCAAUGGCGGUGCUGGUUCGACGACGCCUAGCUCCGGUAGCAGCAGCGGUGCCAUUGGUAAACAACAAUCGCAGCACGCCUCAUCGUCAGCGACGACAACGACGACAGCGACGGUGGUUGCCAGUGUAAAUGCUAUAUCAAUAAAGACUUCGAAUACCGCCGCCAGUCAUCACCAUUCGCAUCAUUCUCACCAUUCGCAUCAUAAUACUUCGCAAGCGAACACAGCUACCACAACGCAGACUGGUAAUUUCGCCACAGUUGCAGCUGCCAACGUGCAGCAUCAUACCGCCGCUGCUGCCAAUUCGUCGUUCAGUAAUAAGAAUGCUAUAGGCCAUUUACCUAACGAAAACGGUCUACCGCCUUAUCCAAGCUCGACGGCGCCUGUGUCAUCUAAUCAAGUCUCAUCUAGUGCUAAUAACGCUUCCCAAAACGCUCUUUCUAAUUAUAACGAACAACAUAAUGCGAGUAGGCUAUCGACUUCGCCUUCGUUAUCAGCUCACAGCGGACCUUCUCCUAUUCCGGCCAAUUCAACGCCUCCUCAUUCCGUCGAACAGCCAGCUACACUGACGCCGCUCAAAAACAUGGCUCAAAAUCAAGACUCCGUCGAAAAAGUUAUGCUCGAUAUGCCUCAUUUGGACGGUUCACGAAAUCUAAAUUUCAACUCAGUGGUAGCGAAUAACAGAGAGACGGCGACGACUGAAGUUUACAUUCCUCCUAUCCUAGGCGUAGCUCCAUUAGGUCCAGUCACUCUGACACCGGAACAACAGUUGAAUUUCCGAAUGAUGGAGGCAACGUAUAAUCAUAUGCCUCAUCCAGCAGAUUCAGAAAGAUUACGCUCGUAUUUACCAAGAAAUCCUUGCACAACGCCUUCGUAUUAUCCACAGACACCGUUGGCUAAUGCGGAUACACUGGAGUACCACGCUAAACUAGCAACCGAUACCCUAUUUUUCAUAUUUUACUACAGUGAAGGAACGAAAUCGCAGUAUUUAGCUGCGAAAGCGCUUAAAAAACAAAGUUGGAGGUUUCAUACCAAGUACAUGAUGUGGUUCCAGCGUCACGAAGAACCGAGAACAAUUAACGAAGAAUACGAGCAGGGAACGUAUAUUUAUUUUGAUUACGAAAAAUGGACUCAACGGAAAAAAGAAGGGUUCACUUUCGAAUAUAAAUAUCUCGAAGAUAGAGAACUAACGUGAAUCGAGUAUCUUUUUUCGGAAGUUUUUUAAUUUAUUUAUGUAGAUGUGUCGUUGGAACUUGGAACGUAAAGAUUUUUAAUUUUUUUAAAAAAAAUAUUGUACGUGUACUUCGAAACAACAACUAAAAAAAAAAGAUUUCCCUGUCCCCACUCCCCAACCAACCGUUUCCUCCUCAUCGAACGGUCGAUUCAUCAAUGUGGACGUCUAUAAUAUCUACCGUUAAUCAACGUAUUUGUUUUCUAGUUUAAAAAAACAGAAAGAAUAACGAUAAAAAGAAAAUGAAAAAGACUUUUACAAUAAUAAAUUAUUCAUGCAUUUAGUAAUCAUUAUUACUCAGUUACUGAAAUUUUGUAAUUUUGCUGGGAACAUAAUUUAAUAAUUUUGUUUGUUAGUCUGUACAUUUCUUUGUAAAGUGUUUUGUUAUACUUCCGAUGAAAAAAUAAAAGUAAAAUUUAAAUUAUAA